AGGUGGCGAUGUUUACGUGUUUUAACAGGUUCGUCACCUGCACAUUAACAGAAGAAGAAAAUGAUGACGCGGGAUGGGAUCUCGGCUACUGAUAGCGGCGCCGCUUUAUCAGGAAACGGACGCAGCUGCUGCUAGCCCGAGUCGAUAAUAUCAGCUACGGAAGCCCUCACAGGACAAGCUUUAUCAACGGGCUCUGAUCUCGCUAUAACAAGACAAUUUGAAAACAUUGUGCAUCAUUUCCUCUACGAUCCGGAGACGAGGAUGGCAGAUCACAUAGAUGCAGAGGCCCCGUCCUUCCCCUUUCCCGGUGUCUUCUUGCGGAAGAGCUUCAUAUCAGAAGAGGAGGAGAAAAAUCUGAUCUGCACCAUGGACCGGGAUGCGUGGAAUGAGUCUCAGUCUGGUAGAAGGAAACAGGACUUUGGUCCCAAGGUUAACUUUAAGAAAAAGAAAGUGCGUUUCGGUGGCUUCAGUGGACUCCCUGCUCUGAGCCAAAAACUAGUGCUCAGAAUGCAACAAGAGCCAAGUCUCGCUGACUUUCAGCCAGUGGAGCAGUGCAAUCUGGAUUACCAUCCUCAGCGAGGCUCCGCCAUCGAUCCACACCUGGACGACUCUUGGCUGUGGGGGGAACGGCUCGUCACCAUCAACAUGUUAUCAGACACUACCCUCACCAUGUCCGUUGAGCAGGGUCUGCCAGAGUUAGGACUAGCAGAGGAAGUCCAGGUGGCUGUUUGUCUUCCUCGCAGGUCUUUAGUCGUGUUAUACGGCGAGGCGCGGCACAGGUGGAAGCACGCCAUUCGCAGGGACGACGUUCGGGGGCGCAGAGUUUGCAGCACCUACAGAGAGCUGUCUGCUGAGUUCCUGCCUGGAGGGCAGCAGGCAGAGCUCGGAGCUCAGCUGCUGAACAUUUCUCUGAGCUUUGUAGGAACUCCAAUUUAAGCUCAUCUAUGGAAAAACAGACAUUCAGGUGAUCAAUUGAGACAUAUAUUUUUAACAAAUGCAAUUGUACAAAUGUAAUUUUUACACAAUGUUUUUGUUUUUACCGAUGGUGGGGAAUGCAGCAAUAAUUUCUUGACAAAUACAGUUAUUGAAAAAUGAAGAAUGGAAUUCAAACAAAACAACACAAACCACAAAAGUGAAUCAAACAAGCGGUUAAUGCUUUCUAAAAAGUUUGAAUGACAUGUACUAAUUUGUUCGUUUAUAAAAUGGUUGCUUGCUGGCCAUUUAUUUAUUUAUCCAAUUCCUUAAUUUAUGAGGAAAUGGCAAAAAUAGCUUAACACCAGCUGUUUCCGUAUUUUCUGCAGACCUCAGCCUUUUCAACUCUACCUUUUAAUAAAAAAGAAAAAGACGUUUGUGUGUGCUUACAGUUCCUGCAGUGGGGACUGGAACUCGGGUGUCACAGAUUCCAUCCCAACACACAGCUGCUGUGCCUCUGGUGUGUUGCGUUCACGCAUAAGAAUCAUAAAGAUUGUGAAGUGGCUAAUUAUGUGCAGUUCUCCAUAUCCCUGCUGCUCUGAUGCAGCUCACAUAUGGCCAAACACACCUUUUAGAAAGGAUCAUAUCAGAGUAGUUGUUUUAUGAUUCAACUAAUUUACUACCUACAUUGUAUACUUUACAACUUACUGCUUUUCGGGUCAUGUUAGGGAGUUGUAUAGUUGUUGAUGUAAUUACACUAACUCCCACGAUGCCAUUGCAAUACCUUUUGGUAUAAAAUAAAAAUCACAAUAGUUAAACUACUACUACUACUAGGAUGCAUAAUGGCCCAUUUUGCAACAAUAGAAUAGUGGUGUUUGCUCAGAGUCCUGAAUUCAAAAUUAAAAUUGUCAAAAGAGUAAAAGUAAGAGCAGAACGGCCCACAACAGAUUAGAUUAUUUUACAUGAUUAUAAUACCAUGCAUAUCGUGAGAUCUGGUUCAUUACUGUUCAGCUUAAUAUGUAACUAUAUUAUUAAAGUAUUUCCACCUAAAAGGUC